CGUCAUCGGCAAAGCAUGACAACAGUAAUAUUUUUACAACUGUGCACGAGAUGGUAUAUAAUUGACGAAUCGUGCGAGCCGCUGCCAAUGUACAGAAUUUCAUCGACGAUGAAGAUAUUCCUCGUGUAUUUCCUUAUCUGGGGACUGGCAAACUGCCAGAAUCUUAAUCCGGAACAGUUGCUUGCCGAGGCUUCAACCGAUCCUUCCUUGGCAAGUGCAGUCUUCGACAGUCUCUUAUCUCAUCAAAGGUCAAUCACAGGUUCGUCCAAUAACGCCUUCACAGACGAUCAAAUAAAUAUCAACUUCGGUCCCGGACUUAAAACGGGAUCUCAAGCACAAUCAUUAGCACAAACAACUAAAACCACAUUUGGACAUGAAAAUGUUUCGUCAAAGGCAAAUACUAACGCAGCCGCACAAACAAUAUUUUUUACAAGGUCUCCAAAGGAAGUUGCAACUUCCACGAAUUCAAAAUCCUUGAUAAAGAUAAUAGCGGAUCCCGCAUCUAAAAUACAAGCUGCAAGUUCGACAGAAAUGGGUGAGAAAAGUCCCGAAUCUACAAAAGAAAAGUCUUUUGUAACGCGUGACUUCUCGUCUUCUACUUCUUCAUCUUCGUCGCAGUCUAGUUCUACUUCGUCCAUAGUCUCCUUGAAAUCAGAAACCUCAAAUGUUGACACAAAAUCUGACUCCAGUGCUGAAUUGUCCACUAUAACGUCGUCAACGAAAAGUAAAGUCGAUAUUUCAGCAAAAGCUAUCGCUAAAGCUGAAGCUGAAGCAAAGGCUGCAUCGGAAGUAGCGAUAGCCGCGCAAGCAGAGGCCGAGGCUCAGGCGAAAGCUGCAGCUCGUGCGGAAGCAGAAGCUAGUGCUGCGUCUGCUGCAGAAGCGCGAGCUGAAGCGAAGGCGCAAGUGGAAUCUAAAGCCCGGGCACAAGCGGAAGCUCGUGCGGAGGCAUCCGCACGAGCUGAAGCCGAGGCCAAGGCAGAAGCAUUUGCAAAGGCAGAGGCCAAGGCGAAAGCCGAAGCCGAGGCACGAGUACAAGCUGAAGCGCGCGUCGAAGCAGAAGAGCGAGCGGCUGCAUCUGAGCGAGCCGAGGCUAAGGCUCGAGCACAAGCCGAAGCCGAGGCUGAAGCAUCCGCGCGAGCAGAAGCGAUAGCUCGGGCAGAGGCAGAGGCGCGUGCUAAAGCGGAAGCACGCGCAGAAGCGUCAGCACAAGCCGAGGCCAAAGCGAAAGCCGAGGUAGCAGCUGGCGCGAAGGCUGCAGUUGUAGCUAAACUAACUGCUCAAACUAAAGCACUAUCUGAAGCGUACGCCAAUGCUGUAGCUAAAGCCAAAGUAUCCGCUAAAAAAGCUGCAAUGGCAAGCGUAGCUACAACGAAUGCUGCAAUGGCUAUCAAAUCAGCAGCAUCAGCACAGGCACAAGCAGCCAUUAAAGCAACUGCCGCGGAGGAAGCAACCGCUGCUGCUUGCGUCGCCACCGGUGAAGCUAAUGCUGCGGCGUCUGCGGUUGAAGCAGCCCUAAUGCUGACUAUGAUGAUCUCUCAAUCUGCAGAUCUUGCACAGAAAACGGCUGCUUCUUACGCACUAAAAUUAGUGAAGACAGCUAUGGCUAGUGAGGCCGCUAACAAUUUUGUCGAAAGUAAAGCUAUAAACGGUGAGAAAAUGGUAGCUUUAGCAAUAAAAGCUGCACAAGUGUCCAUAUCUAAACAUGCAGAAGGAAAACAGAAAUCCGAAGAGCUUUCCAUAUAUCAAAAAGCGGUUAGAGAAACCAGCACGAAGGCGGCUGCUGCACAAUUCGUUGCUUUGGAACAUACAAAACUGGUUUCUCGUAAGGCUGAAGAAACUGCUAAAAUACAAGCUUCUAUAUCUGCCAAGAUGGACUCAAGAACCUCAAAACUAGAAGCCAUGAAGGCGACGCAGGCAAAUUUCCUCAACGCAGUAAGAGAUGGUAUUAUAGUUGGAUUGAACACUACUCCGAAAAUAAUGAUGAAACAUGUUGAAAUUAAAACAAACAAUUAAUCCGGCAGGAGAGCAGAGUGAUAUUCAAAAUUAGUUCAAACAAUGACGUGUUUAAUUGAGUGAAAAACAAAUUAUUAUUACACAAUAUUAGUGUACAUUUAUUAUUACACAAUAUUAGUAAAAACAAGAAAUAAUAAUACAGAAACUAUUAUUUUUAAAACACAACAGUAUAAAUAUAAUAUUAUUACAAAUGGAAUUAUAUUCCACUAAUUACAUAUACGCAAUCUUUCCAAAUAUACUGUUUAAUUCAUAAAUAAUUGUUAAAUUGUAGGUUAAAAGUAGGUUGCCUGGACAUAAUAAUUGACAUAUAUUCUAUGAAAGAAUGUCAUAGAUAAUCAAACAACUUUUAUCAAUGAACAAUAAAUAAUAAAAUUAACAAAUUUUUGUUAUAUCUUUUAAACAAUUAUUAAUUUAACAAUAACUUAUAUUUCACUUACAUUUCACUUAGAUGAUCUUAAUUUUAAUAUAUAUUAUAAGAGGUAAGAUCCCCUAAGUAUUCCAUGUUUUAUACCAGCAACUGUCGGUAUUGCAAGAUGAACACAGAAUUCUGACUAUACGCGGUGUUACAUAUUAAUAAACACAUUAAUGAAGUAUUUAAGACAAGUAAAAUAGAAUACUUUACGAAUUAGAAUUAAGUUAUUCAAGAACUUUGUACAAAAUAAAUAGAACAUAAAAUAUA